AUGCAAGGCAGUCAUACAUGUUCUGUACACGAAUGUGCUGCGAGAUUGAAACCCAUCUUUAGGUUUCCACACCCAAAUCGGGGCCUUGAUCGGUUUCUCGCGUGGGUUAAAGCCGCGAAUAACCCAAAAUUCGUGGUUUUGACCCACGACCAAAUUCACCGAAGGGGGUACAUUUGUUUCCAGCAUUUUCAACCCGAGGAUUAUGUACCAGGAACACAAAGGCUGCGUCGAUCUGCAGUACCAACCAUUUUGCCUCCUCGAGAUGAUAACGAACUGCGUUCAUCACUCGAAGCAGAUCAGAUCGACGUGUCCAAUGUAGGGCCACAAACCAUUGAUCUCACUUUCCUCACUCCAGAAAAAGAAUGCCCGUACUUUCAUGCAAUAGCAAAUUUAACUCCACGUACGAGACGAACUCCAAGUUCUCAAAGUUUAGCUACUAAACUGGAGACUCUCGGGGGUAGAAGUGCAUGGAGUACUGGCGUUCCAGUGCGACAACUGAAUUUUGGAGCAGAAGAGGAUGGGAUCAAUGAGCUCCCUGGUGCUGGGCCUUCGGGGUUACAAAAUAUUCCAAAAAUAGAUUUUGCUGGAAACUUUGUACCUGCCAGGCAGUCGGUGGAUACUUCCAAGUCCAUGACCAAGACUCCACGAAAAAUAUUAGAUCGGCUGGGGAUCAAAGGGACCACCGUCAAUUUUAGCAGCAAUGAAACCCUGCUGUACGUGGAGGCGAAACGCCUGCAAAGGCAAGUGGGGAGACUGCAGAGGCAGGCACAAAAGCGCAAAAGCGCACUUCAUUCUGUUAAACAACUUCUGCGAGAUCGACAACUGGUUCAUCUCGUGGAAGGGUUGUCUCCCCUACAGCAGAGAUUUUUUAACAGCCAGAUUAGAAAUGUAAAUCGUAAACCGAAAGGCAGAAGUUUUACGUUUGAGGAGAAGGUAGAUGCCAUUGCCAUUUGGAAACAUGGCCCAAAAACGUAUAAACUUCUGUCAAGAAUGUUUACGCUGCCGUCUAUUGACACUCUGAGGGCAACCCUAAAUAAAGUUCCAAUAGAACCGGGUAUCAACAAACCCAUUUUCGAAGUUCUCAGAAAGCAAGUAUGUCGCAGAAUGGACAGUAAGUACAAUUUAUGUACUCUCAUCUUUGAUGAAAUGUCCAUUCAGCCUCACCUCGACUACUUGCCUUGUGAGGACAGAGUUGUGGGUUUUGAAGAUGACGGUACAACAAGGUCGGAAAAAAUUGCAGACCAUGUUUGCGUAUUUAUGCUAAGAGGAAUUUUCAAAAGGUGGAAGCAGCCUGUUGCUUUUGCUUUUUGCAAAAACUCUAUGUCUGCUGCAAACAUUGUCCGUUUUUAUAAAGAGAUUGUGAAAGAAGCAACAGCGGUCGGCUUAAACAUCAUUGCUUCAGUUUGUGAUCAAGGUACUACAAACAGUGCCGCAAUCAAUAUGCUUUUACAAGAAACCAAACGACGUGCUAUUUUGGGAAAUGAAGAGGAAGUUGAAGAGAAUGUGAUAAGAAUUGGUGAUCACGAAGUUAUCCCUCUCUUUGAUCCUCCUCAUCUUCUAAAAAGUAUGCGAAACAAUCUUCUCACCAAAGAUCUGCUUUAUGUAGAAAAAUCAGGUGUAGAGAGAAGAGCUUCUUGGAGUUUUUUUGAAAAGGCAUAUGAUUUGGAUCAUACGGAGGGUGACACCCUGAGAGUGAUGACAAAGAUCACCAUAGACCAUGUGAAGCCUAACUUAAGAGGCAAAAAAAUGAAAGUUCGUUAUGCUUCACAGGUCUUUAGCUCAACUGUUGCUAAGUUCAUAUAUCUCUGUUCCACCGGGGCAUUAGGGGGAAGCAUACCACCUGAUGCUCGAUACACUUGCAAUUUGUUUUUGUUCAUGGAUUCUGUCUUUGACAGCGUUAAUGGAGGAUUUGGAGACUGUGGUGGUAAGAAAUUACGUCAAAUGGUAGGAGAUGACACUCUUCAUCAUAGUUUUUGGCUGGAAGGGAAACGCAUGUUCAGCAAUAUGAGAUUUGAACCACGUAAAUCUGGAGAUCGAGCAAAACCUCCAGUUUUGCAAGGGUGGUAUCGUACUUUAAAUGGUUUUAUGCUUAUCAAGGAAACUCUAAAGAAACUUGGUUAUAACUCUUUCCCAGCAAGAGCUUUUAAUCAAGAUCCUUUAGAAAAUUUUUUUGGUCAAUUAAGACAAUAUGGAGUACGAUAUACAAAUCCGUCUUGCAAAGCAUUCGUACCAUUUUAUAAAUCACUAAUGAUGAAGAAUUUUUGCUCCUAUCAUUCUCGUGGAUCUAAUUGUGAGCAAGAUGACGAGUCAUUUGUGGUCUCAAUUAGAGAGUUUCUUAGUCUUGAUAUAAAUCGUAAGUGUAUCGAAGAUCAGUGGAAGCCGCCACCAGUUCCUGAUACUGUGUCUGAGGAUAAUUUUUAUGACCAAAAUGUUAUAGGUUAUAUUGGCGGAUUUCUAGUUAAACACAUGCCAAAACCACUUGACUGUGAAAUCUGUCGAUUUAACUUGAUACAUGAUGGCGUCCCAAACAUUCAAUAUCAUGGUCUGGUGGUGCAGAAGGAGUAUGAUGGUGAAAAAAGACGGUUGCAAUACGCGAAUGUCGAGAUGAUUAAAACUCUAAUUAAGAUUUAUAAUCAUCUCGUCAUUUUGGUUCCGUCUGCAAUUUAUCAUCCUUCUCUUUCUCAAAGGUUAAUAAGCCACCUGCGAAUUACAGUUGAUUUUGAUUUUCGGGAGUGCUUACAUACCGAAGAACUGAAAGCUCAACUUUUUCAUCUAUUUAUAAGAGUGUAUAUCUUUAGAUACAUGAAAAAACUCAGCAAUUUCGUAUUUGGUAAGGAAGAGCCUAACAAAUCAACUUCACUGGAAAGACAAAUGCAACAAUUAUAUUUACGUUUUAAAAAAAGAAAGAGAACGUUUGUAUAAUUUUGCAUUUCGCAGGCUAUACAUCAGCUUAGUUUUGUUCAUAUCGGAAGAAAGUAGUGUGCUGGGUUUAAUUGUGAUAUUUCUGACGGUAUGAAUGAAAAGUGCAAAGGCAGUUUGCAUUUCUACUGGUUGUUUGUAUUUUAAAAAUGUCUUGUCCAUAUUCUGUUUCUUUUCUUAUUUUAAUAUAUUGUAACUAAUGUAAGUUAUUAGAGAACACUUUAUUCACACUGUCAUUUUUAGCAAAUUGUUGUUAUAUUGCAGUAUUUUCAUUUA